UUGUUGUAAAAUUAUUAAUUUAUUCUGAGUGUUUCAGUUUAAUUUUUGGCAACAAUUAUCCGAAACUAAGAGGGGAGGUGGUGUACGAUUUGUUUUGCUUGAAGGGUAUUGACGGGAUGUCGCAUCAAACGGGAAUACAAGCUGGAAGUGAACUGAAAUCAUUUUUCAGUAAAUGCAAAGAUGGAAAGAUUCGUGCAUUUAAAGUUGUUAUUAGAGACGAGGAAUUGGUGCUUGAUAAAAGCUUUGAAAGCAUAGGAUCAUGGGAAGAUGAUUAUAAUAAAUUUGUUUUGCCACUUAUUGAGCACCAGCAGCCUUGUUAUGUAUUUUAUAGAUUAGAUAGUGAAAAUGAAGCUGGCUACGAAUGGGUUUUCAUCAGUUGGUCUCCUGACAAUUCACCAGUAAGGCAGAAGAUGUUAUAUGCUUCAACAAAGGCUACAUUAAAGAAAGAGUUUGGUAGUGGACAAAUUAAAGAUGAAUUGUUUGGUACGCAACGAGAAGAUGUUAAUCUGAGAGGUUAUAAGAAACAUAUAGAAAGUGAAAAAUCUCCCCUUCCAUUUAGUUCAUCCGAGGAGGUUUUGAAUCAAAUUCGAAAGGAAGAAGCUGCAGGAGUUGAUUCCAAACAUCAGACUAUGCAAGGUGUUGCAUUUCCUGUGUCAGAUGAUGUUAUCAAUGCUUUAUGUGAUAUGAAAGAUACUCGUUUAAAUUAUGUGCAGAUGAGUAUUGAUAUGGAAAAAGAAGAAAUAAAUUUAGAAACCAGCCAAGAAUUAGAUGUGGAUUCUUUAGCAAAAAUGGUUCCAUCUGAUCAUGCCAGAUAUCAUUUGUUUUGCCUACCUCAUUUUUAUGAAGGCGAUCAAUUAAACAGCAUAGUUUUCAUUUAUUCUGUUCCUGGUUAUAAUUGUUCUGUGAAAGAAAGAAUGCUUUAUUCAAGUUGCAAAGCGCCUUUACUCAAUGUGAUUGAAAACAAGAUAGGAAUAGAACUUGCAAAAAAGAUUGAAAUUGACGAUGCAGAAGAAUUGACAGAAGAAUUUCUCUUAGAUGAAAUUCAUCCAAAGCAAAACAUAUAUAAACAGAAGUUUUCAAAACCAAAAGGUCCUUUAAACCGUGGUGCUAGGAGGCUUGUAAAAGUUCAGAAUGAAGGAGAAUAAUUUUUUAUUGUACAGUAGUCAGUUAUUUAAGUAAAUAUACGUGGUUUCAUGGUCCAGGUUCCAGGACGCUCAUUUUAUAUGCAUAUUUAUAAUGUAAGUUGUAUGUUUUUAUGGAAUGAUCAGAAAUUGUUUUGUAAUUUUGGCAAUUGAAAAAUUCUUUCUAAUGCAGUUAUGUGAUUGUCAGCUGAAAAACAAUGCUCAUCAUAAUAAAUUAUUUGUGAACUUUUCA